GACUGCUGCACUGUUUUUAAACCGUUAUUCUAAAUAAGGAAGCCUCCUCUCAGACAUAUGACCACCGGCCCAAUUUGGACUCUGCCAAAGUGCCCAUCACGUUGUGGGAUCGCUCAAAGGCACCCAGUGAGGCGCAUCUCUCCCCUUCUCGCAUGUGGACGGAGAGCAUUCAGCCCAACUCCCAGCUCCCAGCUGAGCUGACGCUGCAGUUCCGCGAUUCGGCUCCGCUCUGCCGGCUUGUAACUUUCCUUCCUUCGCCUGUUCAGUUUUGACGGAGCUACGAUGAAGUCAGAGUGAUGUCACGAAUAUGCGGAUGCCAGGCAAGGUGAGAUAGGUUUUUGGUGAGAGGUAUUCUCCACGGCCAGCGUUGCCCAUCGAGAGAAGCGCCGAGCGGCAAAACAUGAUCAUCAUCACCACCACCGCCACCACCUCAAGCUCUGCCGCGCUCUCGCUUCCUUCUCAUCUCCUCCCGGGCUUUCGUUUCAUGCCCGAAAUCCUGAUCUGCCUUCCAAAAAUAAGCUUCUGCCAGCAUGCCGAAGGACGAAAAACAAGAAGAGUGGUAUUUUUAGGGCCAUUAAUUUUGACCACGUGUCCCGAAGGUAAACCGGAUGGCCAUUGCGCAAAGGCUCCUCAUCAGUAUGUCCUACGAGGCCGGCACGCACUGGACGUUGACUGCGAUUGUUCUAGGGUUCUUAGUGGGGGUUGUGUCAUCAUAUCCUAUUCCAAGCAGGACUAAUGCAAGUAUAUUGGAGGAAAGAUGGGAGACCCUGUUCUCCCACUCCAUUCUGGGAAUCUCGGGGGAGAAAUCGGACCUGAACUGGGAGAGUGACUAUUUGCUGGGCAUCAAGAGAGUGCGGAGGCUGUACUGCAAUGUGGGCAUCGGGUUUCACCUUCAGAUCCUUCCAGACGGCAGGAUUAACGGUGUACAUAAUGAGAACCAGUACACCCUGAUAGAAAUCUCCACGGUAGAGCGGGGAGUCGUUAGCUUGUACGGAGUCAGCAGUGGCCUAUUUGUCGCAAUGAACGGCAGAGGAAGGUUGUACGGAACGGCAACCUUUUCUGACGAGUGCAAAUUCAAGGAGAACCUGCUGCCAAAUAACUACAACGCCUACGAGUCUGCGGCCUACCAGGGCUUCUACAUGGCGCUCAGCAAGCACGGCCGCGUCAAGAGGGGCAACAGGGCCACGCCGGCCAUGACGGUCACACACUUCCUCCCACGGAUAUGAGCUACGCUCACAGGAGCUCACUAAUUUGCACACGUGCAUGUUUUCCCAGCCUGUGUGCAUAUAUACAUGUAUACAUGCAGUGCCAAUCUAAAGUCUGGACAUACCUACCAAAAAUGAUGUGUUUUUCGACAAGAUGGCAACCCUCAGCACACCUGGAGCUUAUGUAAGUUCUGUAGGGGGCAGCAUGUGGCUCAGUGGGCUAAGCCUGUGUGCCUGUAAUCAGAAGGUCGCAGGUGGCAGCCCUUCACAGACAACUUCCUCUAUGAAAAAAAAGAGCAAGUUGUGGGAGGCGUAAAGACAAUUUCCCUACGGGGAUCAAUAAAAGUGUCAAUUAUUAUUAUUAUUAUUGUAUUAUCCUGUGAAUGAGCAAAGAGAUGCAGCGCUGUGACAGAUGACCUGGCCCCCACAGCCCCCCGACCUAAACCCUUCAGAGCUGGUUUGGGAGUCAAAGAGAAAGACCAAGGGAUCCAACCAGUGCCCAGAACUUGUGGAAACUCCUUCAGGGCUGUUGGAGAAGCAUCCCAGGUGGCUACAUCUGGAACCUUUUGACAUGUAUUACUUCGUUGCCUCAUAAGGUGACUGACAGCUAAAACAGAUGCAUUAAAAGCAGGUGUGUCCAGACUUUUGACUGGUACUGUACAUAUAUAUGCACACAUUCAUACAAAUACACACUGACUGCAAAAUGCUACUAUAACUAAUGGUAUCUAUUCUGUCUUCAUAUAUGUAUAUUUGGGUAGUUAACUUUGUAUUAGAACCUAUAUAUAUGCCAUACUUUGCUGCUUAUCAUUUUUAUUAUUGUUAUUAUAUAAAGGGGGUGCAGGCUUUACCUGACACCCCCUUUAUAUGGGUGCUUGCCGUAAAUGGUAGAAGCUUCAUCCUGUCAUUGGUAUGGCUAAUAUCCUUAGCUUUUAAAGGCGAAAUCGAUACUUUUUAUUACCUCAACCGGCCACCUCCUGAAAGGUUGCAUGACAUCAUGCUCACAAAACUUUAUAUUCCGUCCGGCCCCUUUAAGAGCUCUGCUGCCGCCUCCGCUGCUGGUAACCGAGAGGUGUUGAGCGCAGCCCCGUUGCCGUGUGAGCAUGCGGUGCCUUUGCUUUGCCUAAGCUUCUCCAUUGGCUCCUUUAUGCGCCUGUGACAGGCCUGAAUCCGUGAUCAGGGACGGGGUUGAGAUGUGAAUGGAGAUCGAGGCUUUAGGUAAUUUUCAGUAUAGAAAUGAUUACUUGAGUCUCCCCCCCGCCCCACUCUGUAAAUAGAUGCAUUCAGUAAUGGAGACUCAGCCAGUUGUUGAAGUUGGGUUUGGCAAGUCGCUUGUAGCUUGUUAUCCCAAAGAAAACGAACAUUUGUUGGGAAAAGAAAUGUGCUUUUACAACUUUUCCGACAUUACAUUGGAGCCGAAAUGCUUGGUCCGAAGUACGUUUCAGUUACUUUACUAAAAGAUAUUGAGUACUAGGCUAUUGUACACAGGACUUGCAGUCGAUGCUCUUGACCUGGGGAACCGCUGUUAUAUGUAACUACUUGACUCCAGGAAAUGUUUUGCUGAAUGAAAUGGGUUACAAAAUAUGUAAAAUCUAUAGAUGCAAUCAUCGUAAGGUGCUUGAGAUAAGUGGCUGCUUAGCAAAUAAUAAUAAAAAAAAAAAAACACUGUAAAAAAUGUUGGAAUGAUGAAAACCAGAGCAUAAGAUUGAUGUUUUUCUUUGACUUGCCGAAGCAGAUCAUAUUUCUGGUUGCAAAAUAUCAACAACGGCUGGUAAUUUGUAGAUCAUGAAGAUCGGUCUUGUGUGUUUUAUUCAGUUUUAAUUUAAUUUAAUUUAUUUUUUUGGGAAUAUGCUUUUAUUAUGCCAAAAGAGCAAUAGUUACUGUAUUUGUUGGUGAGUGUGAAGGUGAACUGAUGUUAAUUUGAGUGACAGUCUGUGUGGGAUGGAGAGGAGUCACUGUGCAGUUCAUCAAGGGCUCUGCCAUGCUUGUUUAUUUUCCACAAAAUGUCUGCCGUCUACUUGAAUACAAGGGCUGGUCUUCAACCCUUUCUGAGCCAAUGGUCCUUUGUCCAGGAGUGGGACUAUUUUGUUCAUGAAAAGGCAAAUGGGACGUGGUAAGGAAGACUAAUUUCCUCAUUUUUGCAAGGAGGUUUUCAAAGUGAGCUGCGCCAAAAUUAAGGAAGCUUUUUGUACGGACUGUUUACAGUUUAGGGCAGGAAAGCUGACGGUCAGAAGUCAGUGAAGACAGCCCGUCAGGGUGUGAUAUGCUGGAUCUUCCCUGUGCCUCAACAUGGGAGGUUCCGCUUUAAAGUAACCUAACACCGAAGGAUACUAUUCAUUCUUAUGGAGCUUCAGUGUCCGGGGCGGUAGUGUCGAAAGUGUAUUUGUUUGUUUAUAUAUUUAUUACUCAUUUGUAGCAUAUGUAGACAUUCAUUUCGGUUUUUUUUUGCCUGUCCUUGCGGACAGCGGGACACUUUCCUCAUUGCAAACAGAAGCAUUGUGUGAACCUGACGACGUCGCGUUCAUUGGUGUGCGAGUACUGCCGGGGGGGUACUGUGCACCACCGUCAACGUGACAAACUGGAGGGCGGGGUGAUCUUAAGAUGCCAAUGAAAAUAUACGAAACGACAUUCUGGCAAAAGGGCAGCCGCUGAGGGUGGUACGCCUGCCCCCCCUCCGGGUCCCGCGAGGAGGUGUGCAGUGUCAGUCUGUGCUGUUUGUGCGUCCGCUAUCAGUCUCGUAUUCCUGCACUGAGGGGGAUGUGCUUCCUCCGACCCCCUUCUCUUUGUUAACAUAUACCUCACCUUCUGCCUUAGUUCCGAUUUGUUACUACGAUUGUAAAUUAGUAGGAAGCAACAGACUUCUCCAAUCAUUUAUUUCUGAAAAAAAUGACAACGAGAGUAAGAAUACUAAUAUAUAUAUAAAAUGGGUUUCCUUUUAUUUUUCUACGUAUGUGCUGUGCACAGGAGUCUACUGUAUUCCUAAAACUACAAUAAAAUUUUGUUUUUUUUAA